GCUCUGCACUUUUACAAUUAAUUUCUUAUUUGUACGUAAGUCGGUUAGAACUAAGUUGUUCGAGAUGAGGCGACUAUUUUCUGUCACUCUUUUGGGAUUGAUUCAUGUGCUCUGGGCCAGUCAAAGUCACAUUUUUGAUGCUGAGGAGGGUGUUGAGUACAAGUUGAACAAGCAAUUAGAGGCUGGUGACGUCAUCAGAGCUUGGGGUGUUUACAAGGAUGAUUCCACCUCCAAAUUCAGUGUCAACAUCCGAGGAUCAAGUUCACUGUAUCACCUUCACGUAGACUUCCGUCCUUAUAACAACGUAGUGGUCCUGAACAACUUCAAUAACGGGUGGAAAACUGAGAUCAGGCCAGGAUUUAGCAAAAGUAACUUUGCUGCGAAUACCUUGUUCGAGGUGAAGAUAGAGGUUACAGACAGCGAAUACAAGAUCUAUUUCAACGGAGAGCAGCUGUCUCUUACUUUCCCUCAUGCGGGUCGUGAGGAUAUGAACACAGCUAACCAAGUUGUUCUGCACGGAGGCAGCAACGGCUUCAAAUGGACAUCCCUACAACUCCCUAACGGACCAAUAACCAGCUCUGGCAGUCCCUUCUCCACCUCGACUGGAGUAAAGAACUAUCUGGAACAACCUCUGGCUGUGGGAGACGUUGUGUCAGCGUGGGGUAUCUAUGCUACUGGUUCUAGCAAGUUCAGUGUCAAUUUUAUGAUGGAGAAUGAACAGUAUUUUAUGAUCCACGUUGAUUUCAGACCCCCUCCUAGCGAGAAUAAGGUUGUACUCAACUCCAAGAAACAGGCAGGUUGGGAAACAGAACUCCGUACCGCCCUGCCAGACUUUCAAAACGGCAAGUCCUUCAAAGUGGACGUCAAAUGCCUUGAGGGCGAGUUUGAAAUCUACCACAACGGCAACAAACUAGGAUCUACCUUUCCCUACAGGACGGGGUUUGCUCUUGAAGAUGUUAAGUAUGUGUGGCUAGUUGGAGGCAGUCUUGGGAUGGUCUGGACUGAUAUUGCUCUUCCCAUUCAAUCGAUAUCCGGGGGAGUAUCUCUGGAGAUGGUGUCAGCUAGUCAAAGUAGCAUCGGUUGGAACGGAGACGCAGGCAGAGGGAUUGAUGGUAACACUAAUGGUUACUACUGGGCUAACUCGUGCACUCACUCCGACGGGGCCAAGGAUAAUUGGUGGAUGGCUACUUUGGCUGAGAACUCUGCAGUGAGCAAGGUUGUUAUUCACAACAGGGUUGAUUGCUGCUCAGUGAGGAUUAAUGGUGCUAAGGUGUAUGUAGGGGACGUGUAUUGCGGUGAGGUGGCAUACGAAGCGGGGAAGGUUAUAUACGAGGUAGAUUGUGACGGUGCUGUUGGGGGAAGUGUUAAAGUUGUACAGAACGACAACCCCCUGACUCUUUGUGAAGUGCAGGUUGUUGGAGCUCCUUCUGAUGAGAUACCUCUUACAAACAUUGUUUCAGGAUUUCCCACUUGGCAGAGCAGUGAGGGAUGGUCGGGGUCUCCAAAUCGAGCAACUGAUGGACGAUCUAAUGGCGACUACUGGGAUGGAUCUUGUACUCACAGCGGAUCUACUGACUUCAACCUAUGGAUGGUGGAUUUGAUAGACAAGUACGAGGUGAGCAGGGUGGUUAUUCACAACAGGGUGGAUUGCUGUGCCGAAAGGAUUGAUGGGGUUCAGGUUUUUGUCAACAACAACCUAUGCGGAACAGUUGAGUACAUGGCAGGACAGAACGUGUACGUGGUGGAUUGUGGUGAUAUAACUGGUAUUGCUAUCAAGAUAACCCAAGAGGGCAUACUUACACUGUGUGAAGUUGAGGUUCUUGCGAGGAUAUCGGAGCGGGAAGGAAAGUUUAUAAACAUAGCCCAGUCGGGUGUAGCUACACAAGACAGCACAGGUUGGGAAGGGGUAGCUGCACGUGCUAUAGAUGGCAGUGCCAGUGGAGCCUACUUUCAGGGUAAAAGCUGCUCACACAACGGGGACCUGGCUGAUGGCUGGUGGAACCUGGAGUUUCCUGAACCGGUUGCAGUCAGGAAGAUUGUUAUUUAUAACAGGGAAGAUUGUUGCCAGGAUCGUAUCAACAAUGUUAAGAUAUACGCUGAUGGUGAGCUAUGCGGGAGACUCGAAUACGUGGAGGGACAACGUGUGUACAAGAAGGGGUGUGCUAGUGAUACUACCGAGUACAGAAUGGCAACUAACAUCAGGAUUGAGGCUGCUGAGGGGACUUAUUUGACGCUGUGUGAAGUACAGGUCCUAUCCGACCCUAAUGCUCUCUCCUCUGAUAACUUGGUGAAUCUAGCGUACCUCAAGCCCACCUCCCAAUCCACUACUGGAUGGGGUGGUGUAUCCAGCAGGGCUGUAGAUGGCAAGGAGUGCGGCAAAUACAGCGCGGGUACGUGUACUCACACUGCCGGGGCCGGCUGGUGGAAGGUAGAUCUUGGAGACAAGUUCGUUGUGGAGAAGGUAUGGAUAAGGAACAGGGUAGACUGUUGCUCUGAAAGACUCAACGGAGCUGAGGUCUUCGUAGGGGAUAUAUCCUGUGGAACUAUUGAGCAACAUCCUCUCAAGUCCAAUUACGAACUGGUAUGUGGCGAGGGAAUAGUUGGAGACUCUGUCAAGAUUGUGAAUGAUCUCGCGUCUCUAACCCUCUGUGAAGUGAAGGUGUACGGAGAUGACACUCCUGUCAUUGAAACGACUGAUAAAGAAGUUGUGGGGGACAAGUCUGGAGGUUCAGAUGACGCACAGUCUGUAGCCAGGUGUCCGAUGGGCUACGUGGUUACGUACUGUGAAGCCCAGACUGGGAGGGCUGGUAAAGCUGAGUGCGACGGGGCAUUUGUGCAGCCUGAUAACGGUGGAGUGUGUGUCGCUGUUAACGGAUAUAAUGGUUCCGGUGCUGUUGCUAGAGCGGUGUGUUCUCAGUUUGAACAGGUUGCCGACCCCUGCAACGGUCCUAACCUCCCCAAAUACCGGAACCUCCACUCCAGAGGACACAGUCCAAGUCUUCAGUGUCCCGCUGGUUACGAACAGAUUCUGUGCAAUGCACGGAGCCCAUGGACCGGAAAGUUAAAUGGCCAGAAUGUUGAUGAUAAGGGAGUGAUUCCAAACGAGGAAGAUUGUGCUCUUCCGAACUGUGCAGCUGACCGGUUUUGGUGUGAGGUAACUGCCGUCUGUCAGCUGAUCGAGGAUUCAGAAGCGUACGCUUCAGCAGUGUGUAGCACCUGUGAUGGAUACCACUGUGGAGAGAGUGAGGAGUGUGUCAUGAUGGAUAUGGAUGAUGACCCUGAAGAUGAAGAGGCGCCCACUUGUGUGGAGAAGCAAACUGGCUGCGAUGAUAAUGACAGAUGUGGUGAAAACGGCGUGUGUGCUCCAGUUGGGAGUGAUGAUUACGAGUGCAAGUGUGGAGAAGACUACGAGUUCAGUGUUGUUACCGGCUCCUGCAUCCCCGUUCAUACCAUUUGGAGAACGGUGUACGGUGAGCCAGCAGUUGGUGAUGAUGCGAUUAGUUACGCUGAGUGUAACCAGGGGGAUGUGGUCAUGAGGUGUCACACAUAUGGUGCCCCAAGUGCUGCUGAUGGGGUCUAUAUCUCAUCAGGCGAGGAUGGUAUUGUCAAGUGUAUUGCUAGGGCCUCCAAUCGGGGCAAAUACCCUGUCAUUGCGAUAGCAUACUGUGGCACUAGAGCCACAGUUCCAGACCCCUGUACUCAAGAUACAAUACACUCAGUGGAGUACAGAUACUCAUCUGCUCACUCUCCCUCUGUUUCCUGUCCGGGAGGGUAUUUCAUGGAGAGCUGCAUCUUUCAUAGUCCUUGGACUCAGGACAUGAACGACGCGGCCAGAGCACUUGUGAACAGUAUCGGAAGUGUUGACGUAGAUGAUGAUGGUUCCUGCCAUAUUGACAAUUGUCUGAAGACAGAGAAUGAUAGAAACUUCUGCAAACUUACCGCUAUUUGCGCCAAACUGACAGGAGAUGAGUACGUGAGGACUGCGUGUCCGACCUGUGAGCAAGUGAGGUGUCCGGGUGAUCAGGUGUGUAGCAUUGUCCGGGAUCUCCCAAUGUGUCUGCCAAGGAUUGUGGGCGGCUGUGAAACUGACAACUGUGGUGAUGGAACAUGCGUAGAAGACGGACCAAACUACACGUGCGAGUGUUACUCAGGGUACAAGUUUAACGAGGAAACAUGUUUGGAUAUAGACGAGUGUGCUGAAUCGCCCUGUGGUAACGGAGGGUGUACCAACACCCUCGGCUCUUACACUUGUGAUUGCAAGACUGGGUAUUAUGAAGACCAAGGAACGUGUAAGGAUGAUAACGAGUGUCUUGAUGAACCUUGUUCUGAUGCGGAGAGGUGCUCUAACAUUGAAGGAAGCUAUAUUUGUGACUGUCUGGACACCUUCAUCAGAGAUCUCAAGUCUAGGGAGUGUGUCUGUUCUGACGGAUUCGGCGCUGUGGAAGGAGAAUGUGUCGAUAUUAACGAGUGUGCUGGAGAAUCACCCUGCGGAGAAAAUGAGGCAUGCUUCAACACGGCUGGAAACCACUACUGUGAGUGUGAUGAAGGGUUCGAGCGUGGAAAGAAGGGUGACUGCAAAGACUUCACUCCGACUGACUGUGAAGUGAAACCAAAGAACGACAACAUCAAGACAAUGGCUGGCAAGAGAGUUCAAGUUAGGCUGGUGGGAGAAGUUAAGAAGACGUGGAGGAAAUUCGCUGACAUCACCUGGUUAAAGAACAAUGAACUCUGGGACCCACAAGGCGACGGAAAGGAGAAGUUCAAUGGUUUCACUCUCAGAAACUUCCAAGCUGAGGACGCAGCAAUCUACGUUGGUAACAUCUUCAUUGAAAUGAGUGAAGAAGAGAACUACAAAUGCUCUGUGUCCGUUACGAUUUCACUUAAAGAAGGAUCAGCUGCAAUUGACAUUGAAAAUAGGGAAAACUUUGCAAGCACCCAGAAAAUUGGAAAAGGCUUGGUGAUCGUAUGUGAUGUUCAACUAACUAAUGUUGAUUUGGAAAAUGCCAACAAUCCCAACAAUGUCAACUGGUACAAGGUUAAUCAACAAUCCGGAGAAGACACUAAAAUUGAGGAAACGGAUGCAGUGAAGAUUAACAAGGCGAAGGGAACAUACAGACUUUGGUUUAAGAGCCCCCAGCCUGAUGAUAGUGGAACCUACAAGUGUGAAUUCAACCAGGAAGGAGUGCAGGCUUCCACUGACGUUUCUAUUGUUUGGGCGUAGAUUAUGAGGAACAUACAGACUUUGGUUUAAGAGCCCCCAGCCUGAUGAUAGUGGAACCUACAAGUGUGAAUUCAACCAGGAAGGAGUGCAGGCUUCCACUGACGUUUCUAUUGUUUGGGCGUAGAUUAUGAGGUUGAAUAUUGCGUCUGAUUGGCUGGGUAUUAUCACGUGACUGCUAAUAGAAUCAGAAAUACUUUUAGAGUACAAAUAUGAGUAGGGGGUGCACGAUAAAAAUAAACUUGCUCGGAUUUAAAAAUUUGUACCAUUGUUUUCUAGAGACUGUGAGAAUUUUCGCAAUACCAAAUUUGUUAUACCUUUUUGAAAAAAUCAGUGAGUUUCGCCUAGUAUAGUUUCGCCUAGUAUAGGUGCCAUAUUUGAUGGUGCGCGGCUUUUGGAGCAAAAUUAGCUGUAAAAGUCGCGUAAUUUGACCAAAUUCGUUGAUUUUUGUCGUGUUAUUCGGAUAUAUCUUCAGUUCUAGUUCCUUGAAUGAGAUCAUUCUGAAAAUUGGCGACGACCUUCCAAUAGGGCUUUCACAACUGUCCGAAAAAUUUGGUAGCUAUCAGAGUUGAUAUAGUGAUCAAAAUGGGGCAAAAUACGCUGCUUUUAGCUGUAACAUAAUGUUUGAUAGUUGGAUAUGCUUUAAAUUUUUCGGACACUUUCCUUGUAAGUCUAUGAGUAAGUUUACCAAUUUUUGUUGCAAUCGGAGGUCGGAAAGGAUACUCAAUAUCUAUUUGUUUGAAGAAAAUUGUGCUGGCCGAAAUUAGCGCUAAAAAACCAUCCUACAGUCGGCACGCGCGGCUCACUGUCGAUGGCGCACUACCUAAUAUGAGCAAAGUCAAACUAAUGGACUGGUAAGAAAUGUUAGCAUUGAAAAUUUGUAGAUAGAUUUAUUUCCAAAAUUUCAUUUGUCUGUAUUACUAUUAAAAUUAAACACCAUUUUUUUUGCAUCA